UGGUGAAGCUUUGUUGUGAAACAUUCGUGCAAUGUUUAUGUUUAUUUUUCUCUUGUGAUUCUUACUGAGAAAAAUGCAUUUAAAAGUCAUUUCCUGUCCCCUUUUGAUCCUCCUCUGUGUUUGCGGUACUCAGAGCUACCUGAAUGUGUAUACAAAUGUCCAGGAAGGACAGAAAUUGCUAGGUCUUUCUGCAGAAAUCUUCUAUAUCCGGGCAGGAGUUAUAAAUACUAAUGCUCUGGACUAUGUAAUCAAUAUCCCAAGUCGUAUAAGCAGCAUACUUAUUAACUGGCAGAGCCUCAUUGGAAGACCAAUUUCCUAUGGGAUCAGCGUGUCCAAUUCCCUGCCAUCGGCUAUUUCUGUGAAUCUCAACAUCACAAAAAGUGGCUACAUCCCAACAGAACUGGAAGCAUUUCAGCUUCAAGUGGUGUGUAGGGAGGGAAUUAACGUUGAAGCUGAUGUCAAUAUCACCAUCCAGGUAACCCUCAACAGAGCUCUCAAUAAUGUCACGGAAUUCACUUUGAGACGGAGGAAAAUGUGCUAUACGUCGGUGGUGUCGGAAGAAGAUCCAAUUGUGAGUAAUUCUGUCCCUCCGGAAAAGUCAGAAAAUGGUUUACUAGCCAUCUGUGUCGGUUGUGUGGUAUCCUUGGUAAUAGCCACGACUCUCAUGUGUAUUGCUCUCUGCUUCCGGAAUUCCCUGACCUAUCAAAAGUCCACUUUCAACAAGAUUGAAAUGCUUCCGGAAAUCCCAAAGGCACAGAAAACUGUGCCUCCGCCGCCAGCAUCUGAGCCCCAGGAGCUCCAUCGGAGGAUAUCUGAGUUGACAGUGCAGAGAUGUCGAGUACGUCUAUCCAGUUUGCUGCAGGAAGGAACUUACGGGAAGGUCUACAGAGGCACAUACAAUGAUACAGAUGAGGUUCUGGUGAAAACUGUUGGUCAGCAUGCUAGUCAGAUUCAGGUGUCUCUGUUGCUGCAGGAAGGCAUGAGCCUGUAUGGAGCUUCCCAUGCUGGAAUCCUAUCUGUCCUGGGAGUCUCCAUUGAAGACCAUACAGCACCAUUCCUUCUCUAUCCAGCUCCAGAUAACACCCGAAAUCUCAAGCUCUUUCUGCAAACUCCCCUCGCUCGAACACUGACCACCAUCCAAAUUGUCCGGAUGUCAUCUCAGAUUGCACUGGCUCUGGCUCAUCUGCAUAGUCAUGGAGUCAUCCACAAGGACGUCGCCACUCGGAAUUGUGUGAUAAAUGAUGAAUUGCGAAUCAAAUUAGCAGAUAAUUCCCUGUCGCGAGAUCUCUUUCCAGGCGACUACCACUGCCUUGGAGAUGGCGAAAAUCGACCCAUCAAGUGGUUCGCCCUGGAAGCUCUGCAGGAGAAACUCUUUUCCGAAGCUUCGGAUACCUGGGCUUUUGGGGUAUUCAUGUGGGAGCUUUGCACAUUGGCCAAGCAACCCUACGCCGAAGUGGAUUGCUUCGAGAUGGAGCACUACCUCAGGGAUGGCUAUCGCUUAUCCCAGCCCGUCAAUUGCCCUGAUGAACUAUUCGCCAUUAUGGCCUACUGUUGGGCACUGCUGCCACAUGAAAGACCCACCUUUGACCAGCUGGACAUCUGUCUCCAGGACUUCUACUCUCAAAUCACAAAAUACGUGUGAAAGUCUUCGUCUUCAGUAUUAAAGAGAAUUAAAUGUUAUUUAAAAGGCUGAUGUGCCGUGUGUAUUGUAUGAAUGUGCUUUUUUACAUGCUCGGAAGGACCUGAAAAUCCUCCUUUUUUCGUGGAGUUAAUAAAUGUACAAGUCUCUUCUACAGGGAG